ACCCACACACGCAGUUAUUAUUUUCCAGUUACAAGGAAAUCUUUAAUAUAUUUACUUGUGCAUAGUUACACAAACACCUUUUUACGUGGUGCAGGAGGUUUUCCGGUUUUUUUUAAAAAAUAAAAAUAAAAAUACUUAUUUUCUUAAUCAAUCAUUAAUCCUUUAAUCAUCAAAAAAUUUCAAAAACAUUUCUCUCACAUGUUCAUCUUUUCUCUGAAUCUACUCCAGACCUCCUCUCCACCAGAAAUCCCUCCCAUCUACCACCAUGCACCCCACCACAACCCUUUCCUCCCAGCACAACCCUUGCCUUCUCUCCUUCUUCUCCGUCGGUGCAUUUCCCGGCGACCACAACACCCUCUCCCUCCUCCACUUCCAGUUUCAGAUCUGCGUGGAGUGAAGCGGUGGUGGUUACUGGGUAGUUCAAGCGCUGGCCCCACAUGGUUAUUUCCGCGGUGGCACGUGACACAAUAGUGAGGAGCGGCGCGGUGGCUGAGGGUCUGGUGCGAAGAACCCCCUCCCCCAAUUUGAAGAUCCACCGUCCCCGUUCAGAUCUAGGUUUCACAGUCGGUGGGGCGUGUAGAGGCAAUGGUCGCUAUCUCCCACAGCCACCGCCGCUGGGUCUCACUAUUAAUUCCCUCCCAUCUUCAAAUCCUUCGUCCAAGCAAGAUCUGAAAAAUAGAAGAAGGUUGCAAGAUAGAGAGCUUGGGGAAGAAGAGAAGAUACACACAGAGUUAAAUGAUAAGAAAGAAUAGAUUUUUUUAUUUAAAUUUCUCAUAAUCUGGGGAGGUGAUAUUUCUCAUAAUCUGGUGUUUGUUGGAUUUAGUGAUUCAAUUUUGGAAUCUGGUGGAGCUUGUGUUUGAUAGUUGAAAUAAUAGCAAAUGGGUUCCAGAUUGUUCGUGAACCUUCCCUGGUUCUC